CGGUCCUCGACAUUUGAGUAUCAGCGGGACUGAUGGAUCUCUCCAAAUGCCAAUCGCUAACUCUGUCUGGCUGCCGAGCUAAUAAUACCGGACUUUCCUGUGGAAUGUCCUGAGACGUAGGCUGAUAUACGAAAUUAUGCGCACAGGCCCAUUCUGUUGUCUGUCGCCUAUCCAAUCUGGCCAUGGAUAUAUAAAGUAGAGGUGCGGCCUGACAGGAGAGGCUGACUCCCUCGACAAAACACCACAAAAGCACUACAGUCCUUUACCAUGCUCGCUCAAGUCCUCGUUGCGCUUGCCACCAGUGCGCUCACCUUGGCGGCACCCACCAAGACUGAGAACCGACGGAGUGCCGCUUCUCCCAGUAUCGCCUCUGUCGAGACUGUGGCGAUCACCCUCAACCCACAUCUCCAGCGAGACUCGUGUAUCAGCGCAUCUGAACUCAUCAAUGAUCGAGUCCUCUGGCUCUGCCGAGAUACCUUGAUUCUAGAGGACGAGACAUUGAACGACUACCAAGAUUUGCCCGUGUCGUCUACCGUCGGUUGGUCCGACAUGUCCAACGGUAGCCCCUUGUUGGUUCCCAUCCCCGCGGAUCAAGGUGAUAAACCUAUCACUCAGCCGUUCUCGAAACAACUUACCUUGUACGGACAAAACGAGUCAUCUCCAUUCCUCUAUUAUGCUGCGGAUCAAUGCCCUUCAUCUGGUCAGUGUGACGGACCGGGAGCAGUCAGGAAUGUCGAGUGGCCGGAUGCCCCUUUAUACAUCACCAACACCGCUUCUGACGGUACUGUCACCGGUUACAUGUACUCUACUCGUGGUGUCACUGGGGACAAUCAACCCGCCACAACCCUGUACGAGGUCACUUACACCCCCGGAGAUGAUCCUCUCGCUUUGCCAACGGCGACCAUGAUCGCCGAAGAGUUCUUCCCUCGGUUCGCAUGGAAUUACGGAGCCAUGGGAGGUAUCAUUGAUGAUGGAUACCUGUACCUGUGGGGAGUGACCUAUGAUUUUGGCGUCUUCAACAACAAUCAAACGGUCGGUCUUGCUCGAGUCCCCGUUGGCUCAAUCACCAACAUCAACGACUAUCAAUACUAUUACCCUUCAACUUCCACCUGGUCUUCCGUUCAACCUAACAUCUAUGAUGCAUCUGCCAAUGUCAACAUUGAUGGCAUCUUUGGUCAGGGCACUUUCUUCUACUCUUCAUACUAUGGAAGAUACGUCUACGUCGGUCAACUCGGAACCAUCGACGGGGAAAUGUUGAUCGCAGCUGCCACUGCUAGCUCACCUGAAGGACCGUGGAGUGCUCAAUCGAAUCAAUAUCAAAUCGAUCCAGACUACUCCUACAGUCUUGCGGCGCACCCUGAGAUGAGCGGUAAUCUCCCUUCGAAUCAGAUCUACCUCACCUACACUCAAAAUGUCAAAUAUGACAACGAUAACCAAUACGUCACCCCAUUGCUCAUCAUGACAUUGGCGUAGGACGACAAGCAACGGUCCGGUGACAAUUAUUCUGUAGGGGAGAAUCCUGGGUAUUUGAAGGAGGCUUCGUGUACGUCAGAAGUCAAGAGUCACAAAGCAGCUACAAAAUGC